CAUUGAAUACGUUUUGAAACUUAUCAAUAAACGUAGAAAGCAACAACCGUGCUGGUGUUUAGCUUAGCACCAGUAAAUGCUGUUAGCGAAUGUUAGUAGCUGUGCGUGAUUCCACGAGGAUGAUUCAGCCGAAUGAGAGUGGGAGGGUUAGCUCACGAAGAUGUACCUUUUAACGUGCAUGGCGCACAGCUCCUGCACGGACGACAGCAACCACCCGUUCUAAGGAGGAGACUUGAGUCUGCCGCGGACCCCCUAAAUGCCUUUCAUUGAGAAAAGGCUUCGGACUUUCAAUACAAGCAACCGAUUACCUGACUAACAUGGGCAACAAGCAAACGAUCUUUACCGACGAGCAGCUUGAUGCCUACCAGGACUGUACGUUUUUCACCCGCAAAGAAAUUCUGCGCUUGCAUGCCAGAUACCAUGAGCUGGCUCCACACCUCGUACCGAUGGACUACACCAACGAUCCUGAUUGUAAACUGCCUUUAGCCUUAAUAGUCAACAUGCCAGAGUUAAAGGAGAACCCGUUCUGCAGCAGGAUCGUAGAGUCUUUCUCAGAGGAUGGGAUGGGGAAUCUCAGCUUCAAUGAAUUUGUGGACAUGUUCUCCGUCCUGAGUGAAAUGGCUCCGAGAGAGCUCAAGGCAAUAUACGCCUUCAAAAUAUACGAUUACAACGUGGACAAUUUCCUGUGCAAAGAGGACCUGGAGAAGACUCUGAAUAAGCUGACGAAGGAGGAGUUGACUCCUGAAGAGGUGCAGCUUGUGUGUGAGAAGGCCAUCGAGGAGGCGGACUUAGACGGAGACCACAAACUCUCCUUUGCUGACUUUGAAAACAUGAUUACGAGGGCUCCCGACUUUCUAAGUACCUUCCAUAUACGAAUCUGAGAGGGCGCCAUGGAAGGUCGGCGGCGUGGUGAACCUCAGGACUCUACCUGCAUGUCAUUGCCACAGCAAAGUGCCUGUCUCCCACAUUAAAGACACCCUGACCUCCUCAAGCAAAAAUACAGGUUAAAGCCGAAUUCCAAGUAACGAUUAUUUCUAGAUGAGAAUGUAUUUUCCUUUUACCACCUACGAAAGGGCUUAACCUGGAUGGGUCUCCUAUGUGUUCCACAUGUUAAGGUUGAAUCACAGUCAGUGAAACAAGUGCGAAAACAGCCAGACUCUGGAUUGAUGCCUACAAAGCUCGUCUACCUACAGAAUAUUGCACAUGCGAUACUCCCACGACUUCCUUCCGACACACACGAUAUUUAGUAUUCAUAAGGCGAAGGAAAAAGGUUGAAGGGAAUGAAAGCAGAAGAGCAGGAAACAAGGUUCUGCAGAUAUUUUAUACAAGUUAUACAAUAUAAAGAAAUGCAGUGUAUUGCUAUUGACAUUUUGAGUUUGUUUUUUUGCAUGUGUAAGUAAAGAUGAAGACAAUCAUAUCUUACUGUUCUCCAGUUAGAUGAAGGGCUCUGUUGUCUGUUGUCUGCCUCAGCCAUUAUCACAAUGUAUUAUAUGCAGCCAUCUUUUGGAUAAACAUGUUACAUGUGUUUUAUGUGACCUCAGAUAUAUGUCUCAGAAUAAAUAUGUUUUUCUGUCUUGAUUCUUA